UGAUAAGAAUCGGCAAAAAACAAAGAAGACUCAUGACCGUUCGUUUCUUCUUCAAGUCAACCGUCACUUGCUUACACGUCGCGUGAACGUUCAAGCCAUUAACUUCCUCGUAAAACUGAUUGCUACGUGUACCACACGCUCCAAUCCCGCGCGUAUUGCUAUAUCUCUUUCUCCGUCCAUUGCUCCUCCGUUGCGAAACCUACAAACAAACAAACCAGCUUCACAAGGAAUAAAAAUCCGAUUUUUACAUAAAAUUUUCAUCUUUCGGCGACGACGAGAGAAUCUUGAGAUUGGAUUCGAUUUCAGGGCAGUAACUUUGAUUGGAGUCUUUAGAUUCGUCACUCUCAAUUUGUGUUGUGCGUUUUUUCAGAUCUGGGGGAAUCUCCGAAUUUGGAAUUGAAAAAUCACAGAUGUCGAAACCUUGGGGUGGAAUCGGCGCAUGGGCCGAUGAGGCUGAGCGUGCCGAUGAAGAGCAAGCUGCUGAAGCUACAGCCACGGCGGCGGAUUCUCAGAGUUUCCCGAGUUUGAAAGAGGCUGCGACUGCUAAGUCUUCUAAGAAGAAGAAGAAGAUGACUUUAUCGGAGUUUACCAAAGGAGCAUACACUGCUCCAAGUUCUGCUGGAUUGACGAGGGAACAGAUGCUUCAGCUUCCUACUGGUCCUAGACAACGUUCUGAGGAGGAAAUGCAACCUGGUCGUCUCGGUGGUGGAUUCUCUUCUUAUGGUGGAGGAAGGUCUAGUGGACCUCCGGGAAGAAUGUCACGAGAUCGAGACGAUUCUGAUGGGUCUUGGGGCGGUGGUGGUGGUGGUAGGAGAUCUUAUGGCGGAUUUGAUGAUGAUCAGAGAGGAUCUAAUUCUAGGGUUUCUGAUUUACCACAAGUGUCUAGGGCUGAUGAGGAUGAUGAUUGGGGAAAAGGAAAGAAAUCGCUUCCUUCGUUUGAUCAAGGACGUCAAGGUAGUCGUUAUGGUGGUCUUGGAGGCGGGGGUGGUGGUGCUGGCAGUUAUGGCGGAGGAGGUGGUGGUGCUGGCAGUUAUGGCGGCGGAGGUGGUGGUGCUGGUGGUGGAGGUGGAUUCUCUAAAGCUGAUGAGGUUGAUAAUUGGGCAGCGGGUAAAGCAAAAUCAUCUACAUUUGGGUCGGGUUUCCGUGACUCUGGACCAGAGCCUGACCGGUGGGCCCGAGGAGUCCUCCCUUCCGGUGGUGGUGUUCAGGAGGAGCGUCGUCGUCUUGUAUUAGAACCACGAAAGGUUGAUGCAGGAGGGAGUGAAACUCCAACUGCUGGGAAGACGAGUAAGCCAAACCCAUUUGGAGCUGCUAGACCGAGAGAGCAAGUUUUGGCGGAGAAAGGAUUGGACUGGAAGAAACUUGACUCGGAUAUUGAGGCCAAAAAGGGACAAACAAGCAGACCAUCGAGUGCGCAAUCCAGCAGACCAUCAAGUGCUCAAUCUAACAGGUCCGAGAGUUCAGCAUUGAACAAUGUGGAGAAUGUGGUGAAGCCGAGACCAAAGGUGAAUCCUUUCGGUGAUGCAAAACCUCGGGAAGUAUUGCUGGAGGAACAAGGGAAAGAUUGGCGCAAAAUUGAUUCUGAACUCGAGCAUCGCAGGGUUGACAGGCCUGAAACAGAAGGAGAGAGGAUGUUGAAGGAAGAGAUCGAAGAACUACGGAAGAAACUCGAGAAGGAAGCUGCCAUUGCACCUGAGAGCAAGGAAUCUCAUCAGGAAUCCGACAGUAAUCACCAAAAUCUACCGGAUCUCAUACGCGAGAAAGAAAAGGACCUGGACUUGCUGAUCCGUGAACUGGACGACAAAGUCAGGUUCAGGCCACGAGCAGUUGAGAGGCCUGGAUCCAGUGCAAGCAGAGCCGGUUCCUAUUCAGAAAGACCUCAUUCACGGGCUGGAUCAAUCGAUGAGUCUAGGAACGUCGAACCCAUGGAAAGACCUAGAUCACGUGGCACAGGCGAUAAUUGGCCAAGACCAGUAGAUGAUCGAAGAAACUUCCAAGGAAGCAAGGAACGUGGAUUCUUCAGCAACAGAAACUUCGACAGGUCAUCAUCGUCAAGGGAUGGAUGGUAAAAAAGGAAACUAAGGAUGAAUGUGGAAUGAGAUUAGAGAGUUUGGUUGACACACCAUUCUCAGAUUUUGAAGAAGGCAGAUAAGAGAGAAGCUUCAAUAAUAUUAAUAAGAAAAAUUCAUCUCCUUUUAAAAACCUAAUUUUAGGGGUUUUUUUGUUUUUGUUUUUUAUUGGUGCAUCUUCAGAAUUAAAAGCCUAAUGGUUUCUUCAUCUUGUUGUUUUUUGGGUCAUUUGCUCGUGAAACGGCAGAGCGCAAGACUUGUGACAAUUGAUGUGUCUUCAGAAUUUUUGGAGACAGAGACUGUUCUGUUCUUCUUCUCUGUUUAAGAAGUCUAUCUACCACUACUGUCAUCUUCUAUUUAAGAUUUGUGCAGCUUUGUGUUUAGUC